CAGGUAUAUAGAAGGGUAUCGAUCCCCGUCAGUCUUCUGAAUAGCCACCGGUAUGAUGUUGUCGCUUUUGAUACUCCUCGCAAUUGGGGUCCGUGCCCUUGCUUACACCACCCAAGAUGGAUGUCCACGGGAACUCGGCGCGGAAGGCGUGCGGGCUCGCAUACCACCUACCUUCAACACUACGGAUCAUGGCCACCAUCAUGGCAGAGCAUGGCCGGCGCCACCCGUUGGCUUCUACUUCAAGCCGUGGUCCAUGAUCCUUGCGUCGAAUCCUCAAUACGCUGCCAUGCGGAAUGUGCAAUACGACCCGACGCCAAUCGAUCCCUCGGAUCCCACCGGACUUGUGAAUGAUCUCUUCUCGUUCCAGUUCCCAGGCAAUGACAGCAUCAUAACAACCUAUGGUGUCGAUACACCUCACCCCUACUUCCCAGCGGUGCUCGAUUACGCAGGAACAGGGAUACUAGUGGGCGCUACUAGCCAGUACAGUAUUCUAGUCUGGGGAUGCGAUAUUAACAAAGUUCCAUACUAUGCCAGCUAUUCGACAGCAGUGGAGUUCACAGACACGCCCGCAGGUAUCGACCUGAUGAGUACGAGCGAUAAAGGACCUGAUCAGGAUACUAUCGAUGCUGUUAUUGAGGCGUUGAAGAGGCUGGGCAGCGACGAGAUUACGAAGUACGUUGAGGCGUUGGAAAGGAUGGUGCAGGACGGCGGGAGAAGGGGCAUGCCCAGAGCUACGUGUGACGAUUACUGUAAGACGAAUCAGGGCUUGAUUGGAAUCGUAGGUUGAGGUCCGGCUGGAGGGAGAUUAGUAUGUCAUGCUCGAGGAUUUAAAUAGUGAUGGUGGAGGAUGCUGCUCGCAUCUUUCGUUUCGUGCUGGCUUCCUAGCAAGUGUAUGGCCAGAAUCUAGUCUGCGAGAGGUUGUAUCUGUAUCGUAAUGCUGUGCAUCCCAUGUGGUACCAAUGCGCUUCACGGACCGCAGCUCUCCAGAGCAAACGUUAUGAAUAAACAGC